UGUAAGAGUUACCUCCCUUGACGAACUUAGGAAAAUGGCGGCGUCCACAAAACGUGAGAUUGAUGAUGUCGAACAGAACGACGAAGAUGAUGGCUGGAUUGGACCUAUGCCUGGAGAGGCAGCAAAGCCAAAGAAACAGAAAGUACUUGAGUUUGAGCAUGUGUACAUGGAGAACAUUCCCAGUGCAGAAUACUAUGAAAAGAGCUACAUGCACCGAGACAUCAUAACUCAUAUAGCAGUAACAAGGACUGACUUCAUCAUUACAGGAAGUUGUGACGGACAUGUCAAGUUUUGGAAGAAAUCAGAAGAAACAGGCAUUGAGUUUGUCAAGCACUUCCGGAGUCACCUAGGAAACAUCCAGGACAUGUCUGUGAGCAGUAAUGGAGAACUGUGUUGCACUGUGUCGGACGACAAGACAGCCAAAGUCUUUGAUGUCGUUAACUUUGAUAUGAUCAACAUGGUAAAGCUGGGCUACGUUCCUCUGUGUAGUGGCUGGGUGUACAAACCAGGGGAUGCCAUAUCAGCACUAGCCGUGUCUGAGAAAGAAAGCAACACAAUCCACAUAUACGAUGGAAGGGGGGAAGGUGUGCCUCUCCACUCGCUGGAAAAACUUCACUUCAAGCCUGUCACCAUCAUACGGUACAACCCAGUGUUGGAGGUGGCAGUCUCCGUGGACCGGACUGGCAUGAUAGAGUGUUGGGGUGGUGCCAGGCAGGACUACAAGUUCCCUAAAGUGUUGGAGUGGGAGUUUAAAACCGACACGGAUCUCUAUGACUUCAUGAUGAAGAAAGCUGUUCCAACAAGUAUCGCAUUCUCACCCAAUGGACAACUCAUGGCUACUCUAGCCACAGAUCGCAAGGUGAGGAUAUUUAAGUUCCUGACUGGGAAGCUGUUCAAGGUGUUGGAUGAAAGCUUAAAACAGUUCACUGAACUUCAACAGAUGAAACAGCAAAUACCUAACAUGGAGUUUGGCCGUCGUCUGGCUGUGGAGAGAGAUCUGGAGAAGUCUGAUUCCUUUUCCCUCGUCAAUGUUGUGUUUGAUGAGAGUGGCUACUUCAUAUUGUACAGCACAAUGCUGGGAGUCAAAGUGAUAAACCUGCACACAAACCGGUGUACCAGGAUCCUGGGAAAACCGGAGAACGCCAGGUUUAUCCAGCUGGCACUGUUCCAGGGUUCUGGGAAGAAGAAGAAGGCGGCAGUUGAUGCGGACAUGGUGGCAUCGGACAACCCCAUCCUCCAGAACGUCCAGCUGGAUCCCACCCUCCUGUGCACAGCAUUCAAGAAGAACAGGUUCUAUCUCUUCACCAAGAGAGCGCCUGAAGACACAAAGAGUGCCGAGACUGAGCGUGAUGUGUUCAACGAGAAGCCAUCCAAGGAGGAGGUGGUGGCGGCCACGCAGGAUCUAUCCUAUACCCGCGUGUCGGAGAACGUGGUCAUCCACACAACCAUGGGAGAUGUACAUUGCAAGCUGUUCUCUAAGGAGUGUCCAAAAACUGUGGAAAAUUUCUGUGUGCAUGCAAAGAAUGGCUACUUCAAUGGUCAUGUCUUUCACCGAGUCAUCAAAGGCUUUAUGAUUCAAACUGGAGAUCCUCAAGGAAACGGUACGGGCGGAGAGUCCAUCUGGGGCGGAGAGUUUGAAGAUGAGUUCCAUCCCAAGCUGCGUCACGACAGACCCUACACAUUGAGCAUGGCCAACGCUGGACCCAACACCAACGGCUCCCAGUUCUUCGUCACACUUGUUCCAACGCCAUGGCUGGACAACAAGCAUACAGUGUUCGGGAGAGUGUUCAAGGGUAUCGAGGUGGUGGAGAACCUGGGCAAUGUGAAGACCAAUCCCAAGACAGACAAACCUUACGAUGAUGUCCGGAUCAUCAGCAUGACAGUCAAGUGAAACCCGGACCGGACUCAAUCCAACUUUUUUCAUAUUCCAUCUUAUCCAAUGGGUAGCAGAACAUACAAACAUUGGUGUCGAGAAUGACGGGAGUCAUGAUACAGGGUCGGGACAUGGGUGGCACAGUCGUCUAAGUCGCUUUAAUCCGUUCUGCAGAGCUGCGUACAGUGGACAUGACGGAAGCCCAUGGGUUUGAAUCCCACCUUUGACCUUUUAGGUUUGUCAGCACCAUCCUCCUGCUCAUGGGUUUCACCAAAAGUCUUAGACCUGUAUCACUUCAGGCGUUCCUUCCAUAUGAAGCUGAUGCACCGUGAUGACUGAAGUACCUUUCUAAGUGACGUUGAAACAAACUCAUUCACAUGACAUACUGGUAGUGUCAUGUCAGACUUAUCCUGAACUAUACUGUCAGGACAUACUUGUGUCAGAAGGUUGAACUAUUUAAAGGUCAGACAAGCAUGUGAGAACUGAUGUUGUUACAGAGACAUCUCUUCCACCAGUUCUAUAAAAUCAUCUACAGUAUUUGACGUAAUAAGCGCCCAGGGCGCUCUCAAAAUUAGAAAUAGGGGUCUCUUAUUGGAAUAUUAUUUUGGUGAAAAACAACAGAGUUGAAAGAUAAAUUU